AUGACACCUCGUCAAAAUCAUCAAAGUCCACAGCAAGAAGCAGAAAUUGAAGAUCUCCUACAAGAAAUCGCCCGACUCAAAUUACGAUUAUCAAGGAUUGAACGAAGAUCGUUACAAACUGACGACGAAGACGACGAGGGUAUUUCAAUUGAUCAUAUUUCUUCCACCCCACCCUCGGUCGAGUUUAGCCUCGAAGAAAUUGAAGAUCCGUUGCCGAAAUCUCUGCCUUUAACUGUUUAUGAUGAGCCAAUCUAUGAUGUGUAUGACGAUGACAUAUUCACAGGAGUUCUUGAUCUUGAUCAACUUAUAUAUGAUAAUGACGCGAGCAAGGUGGAUACACCUCGGGAGAUAGUCAUUCCUAUUAAAACAACAAUUAUGCUCACCGUCAUUGAUAGUGACAUUGGUAAUAUUGGCCUUUCAGCUGGAGUGAAUGGUGUCUUGGCAUUUGAUAGGGAGUAUGCUCGCUGGUUAGACCAACAUCAAAACCAAAUAAGUAAUUUGAGAUCAGCUUUUAAUUCUCAAGCAGAUGAUGAAGAACUAAGACUUCUUAUUGAUGGUUUAAUGUCACACUAUGAUGUUUUCUUCAAGCUCAAAAGCAUUUGUACAAGGUCUGAUAUCUUUCACAUGCUUUCGGGAUUGUGGACAACACCUGCCGAAAGUUGUUUUAUGUGGCCUGGCGGUUUCCGUUCUUCCGAACUUCUCAAACAGUCAUUACAACGAGCUGAAGUUGCUGUGUCUCAGGGAAUGGAAGCUAUACAGUUGUCUCUUAGAGAUACCUUGUCACAUGUUUCUGAUAAUAUUGCUAAUUACAUGAACCAAAUGGCAAUUUCCAUGAGCAAGCUUGGAACACUUGAAAAUUUCCUUUGGCAGGCUGAUCUUCUGCGGCAGCAUACAUUGCAGCAGAUGCAUCGAAUACUGAGUAUUCGUCAUGCAGCUCGAAGUCUUCUAGAUGGAGCGGCUAACACCGGGUGGAAUUAUCCAGACCUGUUUAGCCAACCAAACCCGCCUCCUUAUGGUGGCCAACCGGAUCUCUUUCUACGAGCUCAAAGUUUCCUCCUACCCCGGUAGAAUGACGCAGGAGCGUCCAUAUAAUAAAAUUGUAUUUUCUUGUUAGUGAUUGGUGUAGCUCUAUUUCUUGUGUAGCCUAUUAUGU